CGGAGACAGACACAGUGAGAGAGAGAUACGGAGUCCAACACACUGAGAGAGAGAUACGGAGACCAACACAGAGAGAGAGGGAGGGAGUGAGAUAGAUUUGGAGACGGAGAAAGAGGUGGUUGAAAGUGAGGUAGUGUGUUUUGAUUGGAGAUAUGGAGCGUCUAGGUGUGUGUGUUUCUAAACCAGGAACCAGUGGUCUCCUAAAGGCUGCACUGGCUGUAUGUGUGUGUCUCUGCAUCGCUCUUCUGCUUGCUGUCAUACUGGUUUCCCAGAGAGGCAAUCAGGAUGUCUUCUGCUUAACUCCAGAAUGUAUUGAAGCAGCUGGUUCUAUCCUCGGUAAGAUGGACCGGGCUGUGUCUCCCUGUGACGACUUCUAUGGGUUCUCCUGUGGUGGCUGGCUGAGAGACAACCCUAUUCCUGAAGACUCCUCUUCAUAUGGCAUCUACCCCUGGUUACGCCAACACGUUGAUAUCACACUCAAAGAGUUGCUGGAGACUCCAUCAGACUCAGAUGAGAUAGAAGCUGUCAGGAAGGUCAAGGUCUUCUACCGCUCCUGUAUGGACGAAGCUAUAUUGGAGAAAGUGGACAGUGGUCCUCUGUUGAAGCUUUUACAGCAGCCUGAGUUCCACUGGCCCGUCCUGGGGGAGGGGCUUGAGGGGAAGUGGCUCUGGUCGCCAGGACGAUGGGACCUGCUGCAGACAUUGGCUCAGAUUAGGAACCAACACAGCAAGAGUGUUCUGAUUCGCUUAUACAUCGCCCCCGACGACAAGAACUCAACCAACUACAUCAUUAAGUUGGACCAAGCGUCUCUGUCUCUCUCCUCCAGAGAUGAUUACAUCACCAACACCACCAGCGCUCAGGCAUAUCGUAGUGCUCUUCUAAACCUCAUGGUGGACGUAGCAGUGAUGUUAGGAGCUCCACUGGAAGCAGCUGAGAUUCAGAUGAGAGAAGCACUGGCCUUUGAGACCAAACUGGCCCAGAUUGUGAUUCCAUUCGAGAACCGGACCAGUGAGAACAUGUACAACAGAUACACCAUCUCCCGUCUCCACCGCUCCAUACCACAGUUUGACUGGUUGUCAUUUGUGAAGUCAGUAGUAGAGUCAACAGGAGAAGGUGGGUCUGUCUACUCCUCUGAGCCAGUGAUCGUCCGCGUCCCUACCUACUUCAAACAGCUGUUUAAACUAAUCAACACCACUGAACCCAGGACAGUUAGUAACUAUGUCAUAUGGAGGACAGUAUUCUCCAAGAUCACAACUCUCAGCCGACGCUUCUUAUACAGAUACCUGGACUUCACACGGGUAACCACAGGAACGUCCUCCCUGAGCCCUCGUUGGGAUAAGUGUGUAAACCAUGUAGAGAACUCUCUGGUGUACGCCACCGGGCGACUCUUCAUCAACACACACUUCCAGGAGGACAAGAAACACAUGAUGGAGGAGCUGAUAGAAGGAGUUCGCUGGGCGUUCAUCAACAUGCUGGAGAGACACAACUACUGGAUGGAUGGACGUACCAAGAAGAAAGCUAUAGAAAAGGCCCAGUCUGUCCUGGCUAAGGUUGGCUAUCCUGAGUUCAUACUGAAUGACACCUACAUCAACCAAGACAUAAAACAGCUAGUAUUCUCUGAGGACAACUACUUCGGUAAUGUGAUGCAGACACUGCGUUUCAUUGCCCAAUCAGAUCUCAGCUGGCUGAGGAGGACUGUCCCUCGUACUGAGUGGUUCACCAAUCCCACGACAGUCAACGCCUUCUACAGCUCCUCCACCAAUCAAAUCAGGUUCCCGGCAGGAGAGCUCCAGAAGCCCUUCUUUUGGGGGCGGGACUAUCCUCGGUCUCUUACCUAUGGAGCCAUAGGAGUGAUUGUAGGACAUGAACUAACACACGGCUUUGACAACAAUGGAAGGAAGUAUGAUAAGGAUGGUAACAUGGAGCAGUGGUGGAGCAACGCGUCAAUCACAGCCUUCACUGACAAGACCCAGUGUAUGAUCGACCAAUACAACAGCUAUCGCUGGGAGGAGGCUGGACUAAACGUGAGGGGGAAGAGGACCCUAGCAGAGAACAUUGCAGAUAAUGGCGGGAUCAGAGCAGCUUUCGAAGCCUACAGAAGGUGGAUAGAAGAGAGUAGAGGAGGAAUUGAGGAACCAUUGCUUCCAGGAGUUGGACUCAACAACAACCAACUGUUCUUUCUCAGCUACGCACACGUGCGCUGUAACUCCUACAGACCUGAAGCGGCAAGGGAUCAGGUUCAGAGUGGAGCCCACAGCCCCCCAAAGUACAGGGUUGUCGGGGCAAUGAGUAACUAUGAGGAGUUCCGCCAGGCGUUCAGUUGUCCUGAUUCAUCGGUUAUGAACCGAGGGGUGGAGUCCUGCCGUAUUUGGUAAAGUGUUCUACUGCUGAAUCCCACUGACGUUUCUCUCCCUCUCCCUCAACCUCUCCCUCUCUCCCUCUCCCUUUCCCUCUCCCUCUCCCUCUCCCUCUUCC